CUCUAAGAAGCAAUUAUCCAUAUUACCGCAUCUUCGAUCGCAAAAUGCCCGCCCAGGAGAAAUACACCGACCCCGAACUCCGCGACGAGGUCAAGGAAGAAGUCAAGCAGGGCGAUAAGGGCGGAGCACCGGGACAAUGGUCGGCUAGAAAGGCACAAUUCAUGGCUUCCGAAUACAAAAAGCGUGGAGGAGAUUACAAUACCUCCAAGGAAGAAGGAGACAAAAAGGACGAGUCCCAGCGGAGUCUCAAUCAAUGGACAAAAGAAGAUUGGCAGACAAAGGAAGGCUCAGGGCAUGCGAAGCAAGACGAUGGUACGGAAAAGCGCUAUCUGCCGAAGAAGGCCUGGGAGAAAAUGAGUGAUGAGGAGAAGAAGGAGACGGACGAGAAGAAGCAACAAGAGUCGAAGGAGGGGAAGCAGUUUGUUUCCAAUACCGACAAGGCACAGAAGAAGAGAAAGAAGGCGACGGAAGAGACUGAAAAGGAAGGGGAAGGGGAGGAUUGCGAAGAACAGGAUAGACAGGAGGAACAAGACAAGAAAGAGUCGAGAUAUGAUGGCAAUGCGGAGGACGAUAGCGAUGAUCAAAAAGAAGAUGGCUUGGAACAAGGCCAGAAAGCCUCCAAAUCCGAAGAUGAGGAGAUGGACGAUGGCGACGAUGGGGAAGAAGAUGAUUUGGGACAAUAUGAGAAAGCAUCCAGGUCUGAUGGUAACGACGGGGAAGAUGGCGAGAAUCACAGGGAAGACGGUUCAGCACAAGAUGCGAAUUCUGACGGCGAAAAAGAUUCCAAGGCUCAAAAGGGCGGCAAGGGGGGAAAGGAUCAACAGAACCAGAAAAAGCAAAACAAUCAGAAAGCCGAGGCUGGGACCAAACGUACUUCCGGCCAAGAGAAGACUCCAACCAAGAAGCCUAGGACACGCCAGGACAGCAAAGCUGAGAACAAAUCGAAAUAG